AUGGAAUCAAAGAACAUCACCACCACUGUGACAGAAUUUGUCCUGUUGGGCCUGACACAGCCUCGCAAGCUGCACUACUGUCUCUAUCUGGUGAACUUCACCAUCACUGCAACUGUAGCUGCUGAUCACCAGCUCCGCACACCCAUGUACUUCAUCCUGGCCAACUUGGCUUUCCUUGAUGUCAGUGAUUCUUCAGUCAAUACUCUCCAACUGCUGUCAGGCCUCCUCACCCAACAUACAAUGAUCUCAUUCAAUGAGUGUUUCCUCCAGAUGUUCUUCCAUUUCAUUGCUGGAACAAUGGCUUUUUUCCUUAUAGGGAUGACGACUGAUCAGUACGUGUCCAUCUAUAAGCCAUUGCAUUACUUGUCUAUCAUGAACUGGAACAUGUGUACAGGAUUGGUGGCAAUUGCAUGGUUCAGUGGAUUUGUUCACUCUACUAUAUGAACUGGUUUUCUUCUCCAGCUACCAUUCUGUGGCCCCAAUGUAGUGGACAAUUUCUACUGUGAUGUCCCUCAAGUCAUCAAAGUGGCCUGCACUGACACCCACAUGGCUGAACUACAGAUGGUGUUUAAUAGUGGAGUGAUUCUCAUUAUUCUUUUUGUAGGGUCCCAUCUUAUUUCUUACACUGUCAUCUUGCUGAAGAUAAGGACAUGCAUCACAGAAGGGAAGUGGGAAGCCCUGUCUACCUGUGGAACCCAGAUAACCAUUGUGAGCUUAAUAUUCAUCCCCUGCAUCUUCAUCUAUGCUCAGCCUUUUAAGAAACUCCCUAUGGACAAGGUGGCCUUCAUUGUUUAUACUGUGGUCAUUCCAAUGCUAAACCAAAUGAUCUACACACUGAGAAACACUGAGAUGCAAAAGGCCAUCAGGAGAACACUGCGGAAAAAUCUUUCUCUCCCGAGAGAAACAGAAACCAGACCAGCCAGCAGAUCCAUAGAGAUCGGAUCUGACGCUUCCAUGAGAAAACUGUAUUCACCACUGAGAUUCCUGCUCCUUCAGCAAGCGAGCAAAUUUCUAGAUGUGAGAUAG